CGUCUCCGACGUUAGACCCGUCGCUGUCGAAGCCGCCGCAAAGUACAGGACGGUGAUCUGAGGCGGCGGCAUGGCUGAUGCCAGAGGAGCCUAUCCAGUCAGCGCAAUGUCUACACCGGCUCUGCGACGCUUUGCGCUGAAAAGCUGGCGAAUUUCAGGUGGUGACAGUACCGGAGAGAGCUGGCUCACGAUGUUAUGGAUGGCGCCGACGACUCCGUGAUCCGCACGCCCGUUACCCCUUUUCGUCCUUCCCUUUGCCUUCGACCGCCGUUGUCACCGCCGCCGCUCGCGCAUCCUUCCUUAUGUUCGCCAGCGACGCUCAGAGAGCCUUGGAAGAGAAACAGCUAUAUGCUCUCUUUCCCGAGAUCGAACUUUGGGCCGGCGGUCCCAUAACGCGCCUGCGCGAAUCCUGCCUCACAGUACAGGAUCACUUGUCGAGAGCGGGCCUGCUCUUCACGAUGAGCCUCCCUCUCAAAGCGCUCAUGCGCAGCGCCGGCGCCUACGCCGUCCAUGUCGCCAACGUCUUCACCGCCCUUCGCGACGUCAUCGUCCUCAUCUCCCAAGGCAUUGCCUCUGACGAGCCGGACUCCCUUAACAACUACACCACCCUUCUCAAGGAGAAGAUACUCUAUGUGCACUCGCGCAUCGAAGAAGCACUAGACGCCCGGAACGCUGCAGAUGCUACACUUCGCACACUCAGGAAGGCCGUCGAAGAGUGGACCCCGUUCGCUGACGAUCCCAUCCUCGCUUGUCUUGCUUUCGUUGUCGACUAUUUCUCUCCAGUCGACAAAGAGAACCGUGAUCUCCUGGAAUUCGCAGCAGAAGCCCAGACGUUGCACGAGCGCAUCGGCCACAUCACGGCGCUUCUGUCGCAAACGAUGAUGCUUGUGCAGGGCAUACCAGGGCGCUUUCCUCAGGACAAAAUCAUGAAUAUCCGCCUCCUUCCUGACCAGGAACGCGUCAGGGUCGUGAAUCUCGUACGGGAGGCAGAUACAAGGCUUGAGUUGUUGGCCUGGUGGGGUCGCGGUAUGGGGGAGACCCUGACCAAGAAUGCAGGACACAUUCCACUGGUACGCAAUUUAUCUUCAUCUAGACAGUCCGAUACCGAACUUGACCAGCACGCAUAACGCUGUCGAGCUCGGGCGUGAUGCCCAUCGUCUCCAGCGGCAUACAUCAAGUUUACGCAUGACG